AGGUGGGAUAAGUCCAGGGAAAAAAAAGAUUCAAAUUUCUUUUGUUUUGCGCGAUGAAGUCGAACCUAAAAACAGAUUUGGAGUCAACUCUUUACAAUACGAUGUCUACCUAAAUCGUCUUUUCACAGCGGGGCGAGAUUCUGUCAUUCGAAUAUGGAAUUCGCAAAAAGAAAAUUCUUGUUUAUGUCACCAGGAUUCUUUGUUACAAAUAAUGGAACAUCACACUGACUGGGUCAAUGACAUUGUCUUGUGCUGCGACGGAAGAAAUCUAAUAUCAGCUUCAAAUGACACGACGGUUAAAGUAUGGAAUGCACACAAAGGUUUCUGUAUGUCGACCCUCAGGACCCAUAAAGAUUAUGUCCGGGUACUCGCUUAUGCCAUGCAUAAAGAGGAAGUAGCGAGUGCGGGAUUAGAUCAUGCUAUAGUCCUUUGGGACGUUAAUACACUUACGGCAUUGACCCCAACUAAUAAUACAGUCACAGGUAUUUAA